AGAGAUACCAACAACAAAUGAAAUCAAAAUUUAAUCAAAUCAAUACUAUUAAAUCAAAUCAAAUCCAUCACAAACCCAAACCAAACCAUGGAUGGCGACAUGGUCGUCAGCAGGAGCAUCUUUUGCGAUGACGCCGACCUCAUCGAUAAGACUCCUUCGAAAACCACGUCUUUCGAUCCCUUAGAUGCCGGCCUGCACAGUCACGUCGUCGGGAGUGGCAUCAACCCUUUCCCCCUCUUGGAGGACGUCCGAAGCAACCCGACGGCGGCGCAGCACGACGAUUGGGACCAACCUAUCUUCCAAAAACCAUGCCAUGAAUCACACCAAGAACCACUCAACGCACAAAAACGAMCCCCCGAGCCGAUCGGCUCGGACGAUCCGAAGCCUUCUCGGAAUCCCUCCAAGCGCGCCAGGAUCACCCGGAUCACCACGACCACCACGUCUGUGAGCCUAACGUACGACGCGAGCGGACUCUUCGGGUGCGAGGAAUUCCGGAAGGAAAUCCUCCGCGCCGGGACCGGAGACCCAAAGAAGCCAUCCGGCAAGGACCGGUCGAAGGUGACCCCGACGAACUCCGAAAGGUCCGAGAUCUCGACGAGGUACAACGACGAACCCAUCAGCAUCAACACCAACACCAACACCAUCGGCAGCCACCACUCCAAUGCCGUGGGCCACGGGGGCAAUCGAACAAGCCACGGCAACACCGUAGUGCCAAGCUUAUCUCUGUCGGGCUCGGCCUUUCCGGAGCCCGAUCCAGAGAACAACUUUGGCAGCACUAGCAACAACUGCGGAGCCAGAAGCCACAACGCACCGUGCAGGGAAAGGGGAACCCUUGCCACUGGCAUCGAUCCGGUGUACAACGCCAUCCCUGGCUUGCACCUCGAGCCGAGCCCCCUCCCGCCACCAACGCAAGAACACACGGACAACGACGACCUCAGCGCGGCGGAAUUCGAGUUCGACCCGGGCGUCAUUGCUGCUGCCCCGGGGGAUCGCUCUCGUUCGCGUUCGCGCCCUCCCCCCGGCAGCGUCGUCAUCGACGUCGACGCCGAGUCGUCGUGCGACGAUCUCAGCCUGGCGGAAUUCGAACUCGAUCCCCUCCCCUUCUUCGGCAGCCACGACAAGAACCAGUCCAACCAACCGGUGCGUUUCCCGGGCUUGCCGACCGCUGUACUUCCUGCCGGUGGCGGGGCGAACAACUACCACAACAACAAGAACAAAAACACCCCCAUGCCGCAACGAACGAAACAAAACAGCGAGCUGCUGUUUGGGCUUGGGCUCGCUGCGCCUCCCGGUGGCUUGCGGAAGACGACGAAAAACAAUCCCUUCUCGUUGCAGGCGAUGCAGCGAUCUAGCGAUUGGAAGGAGCGAGAAUUUAUUGACCUGACGGGACCCACGGAUGUAUAGAAGAGACCGGUUCCUACUCCCUUACGCCACGGACG